CCUCGUUCAGAAUGAAAUACUUGUAUCUCCUUUUGCUGGCCUCCUCAGUGGCUAGCCUGUCUUGCCAGGAUUUUUAUCGAACUUUGGCAGCGGAGAAUGCAAAAAGGAACCUCAUUUACUCGCCGGUAUCCAUUGAGUUAAUGAUGGGCCUUGUUUACAUGGCAGCAGGCGGAAAAACGGCCCAAGAAUUUAGAAACGUUUUCAAAUUACCAGAGAACAAAAGUCAUGUGGUAGAAAGCUAUAGUCAGUUUUUUGCCGGCCUUAGAAGCCGCCCAAAGGUACAUAUCCUGCAAAUCGUAAACCGGAUAUAUGUCAACCACAAAUAUCGCCUUGUACCUGAGUUUAAUCAGGUGGUACAAAAGGCCUUUAAGGCCAAGGCCAAGUUGAUCUACUUAGACGAUCCUGUCAGAGCGUCUUUGAUGGUCAAUAGCUGGAUCUCAAAACGAACGCGAGGCGUCAUCCGGCACAUGCUUUCACCUAACGACUUGGAUCCAGAUAUCAGUGCCUUUCUGGUGAAUGCGAUUUACUUCAAGGGCCAGUGGCAGCAUGACUUUGCGGCCGAUCAAACUCAUCUGGCCGACUUCCAUGUAUCGAAAGACAAAAUCAUACAGGUGGAGAUGAUGACCUUGUCAGCCUCCCUAUUCUGCGCAUACCUGGAAGACUUGGAUGCAAAGGUUAUCGAGCUGCCCUACUUGAACUCAACUCUUUCAAUGCGCAUAUUUCUGCCCAACCGAAUUGGAGGUCUUCGAAAAGUGGAAGAGAAAACUGGGCUUCUAAACUAUCGUCUGCAAAAAAAUGCGGUAAAUGUUAAGCUGCCCAAGUUCAAAAUCGAAUCUAGCGCACAACUAAGGGGGAUUAUCGAAAAAUUAGGCAUUCGAGACGUAUUUAAGUCCUCAGCUGACUUGAAUGGGCUAGUGCUAGACUCUGGUGCUAGGAUCGAUAAAAUAGUGCAAAAAGCCUUUCUGAAGGUCGAUGAAAGAGGAACAAAGGCUUCUGCGGCAACAGGAGUGCUAAUUCGUCGAAAGAAAUCGGUUGACAACUUGAAACCGCCACCAAUGGAGUUUGUAGCUGAUCAUCCCUUUUCCUACGCAAUUCAUGACCGCGAUGCCAUUUACUUCCAGGGUCACAUCGUUGAACCACAGUGGUAAUCAAACGCCAGCAGAAUUGUACUAUAUUAAAUUAAACUAUUUUAUUUUCUGACUUA